ACCCAGAUCGCCUUGGCACUCAGAUUCAAGCCUUUGGUCCAAUCGGUGAAAUCGGUGAAGCUCGGCUAAAUAGCCAACUACGGCACAGCUCCAUGUCACUUGCAGUAACGGUAGCCCUGUCCUGGGUGUCUCGGUCUCACUUCGGGCCCGGGCUAUGGAAACUUCAAUGAUCGUUCGCUCCACAACUGACCUCCAAACGGGUCACCCAUUACAGCUUACAGUAUGAUGGAUCUGCGGUAGUCGAGUGCGAGCGGACAUAUAUACCGGUACUGCAUUCCUGCCCCUGCGUGUGACUGAUAUAACGGGGGUCCGCUCGCCGAUGUAUAUUUAGCGGAGGUGCCGGUACACCAUCACGAAGCGUUGGCUCGGAUUAUGAUAUAAGCGUUCUCAUCGUGAGCACAUUACCAACCAUAUAUAGCCGUAGCCUGGAAUUCGGCUGAGAGAUCCGGGACGGAAAUGAAUUUCUGAGGCAAUCGGAUACCAUGAGGCUGAUGGUGUUUGCGGAAUUCCCGGUUUGCACUACUCGUACAGCCAGGGUGUAGUUCCAUCUGCCGGUUGCGCUCAGUGGACUUUCAUAUUAUCGUCUCAGUUGAGAAUUCCUGAAUGCCGCUGGGCAUUCGCUGGCUAUAACUGUGUCUUGCUGUUUGGUAGAUUAUUUCACUCCCUUCUUCUGAACCCUUGUUGAGGGGUGUCUGCUCAAGUACCUGUAGUCGAUGCCUAUCUUUCUUGCCGUCCAAGUCAACUGCCUGGCCUCGGCCUCCUUUUCUUUAUCCGGGGUUGUCCGCCGAGGGGAGGGCGCGCACUUCUAUUUUCUUCUGCACGAACGGAGGUUUGAUGAGAUAAGAAUGAGGGAGAGGUGAGGGGUUCGACAUAUGUAAAGCUCAUUUACGUAUAUAGAGUAAUGAGCAUUCCCUCCCCUUGGCGGGCACUGUACACAUUCCUCGUGUAAUACCACCCUCGCCUGGGCUCGGAUACAUAAUAGAAGACUUGGCCUCCAACUCCUCCCUCCCUUAGCGUUACUCCCUCAAACCAACAACAAUUUCAAAGCCCGAUCCAGAUGUUUUCCCUGUCCGAAUUGAUUGCUAGAACUGCCCGUUCUCCGAGGAGAAGCAGUCUACCGGUCAGGCCCCUUAGAAGAGGCCCCUCUGAUCCAAGAACCUCCAUUGCUCAUGAGGGAGCUUUGGUAGCUGGCGCUCUGAGGGUGACUGUCAGGCUUCGUGGCGACGUUGACGGAAUGGUCCAUACUACUUCAGUCACGUUCCAGUACGUAUCAUAUUGUCCCUUCAACUGGAGAAUGUGGGCUAACUCUUGGACAGUGCUUUCGAUGGUCUCGAGAGGCAGAUAGACGCAGCACUCAACAGGCAUUUCGGGGCAGGAGCUGUCGGAAUUGCUUCUCCCAUGGGAAAGGUCAUCACCGAAGAUUAUCAGAUACAUCAACUGCGUUACCCGGGCUACUCAUAUACCUUCUGCAACGUGGUGUACGACCGGGGGUACGAAAACCAGCACCCGCCCAUCACAAUCCCUUCUCAAAAGAUCCUCCUCGAAGUCGCCGAUGACGAUAUAGCUAUAGACGGCGGAGAAAGAAUACGCUAUGUCGACCCCGCUUUCAAUUACAGCACCGUGUAUAUAGAUCACGCUGGGCUAGCCGUCACCAGGCCGGAGCAACACCACUAUCAGAGGCAGCUUGCGGUACAGAGAGGCGACUACUACGUCCCUGGCAAUGACCUUCCAUCAUAUGAGUGUGUUCCACCAAGAAAGCUGAGCCAGAGAGUUGGGGAUGCGUGUUUUGCUUGCGUAUGCUGUAGGAGUUGGAUAGCGCAUUUUUUGGAAGAAUAUGGGGGGCAGGCUUUGGAGACGAUGGCUAGUAGGGGUCCAAGCAAUUGGCGUCCGGCACGGCGGAGGGUUUUAACAAACCAUAGGGUGAUGUACUGGCAUGAUAGGCCGUUACGUGCCAGGGAUUUUGAUGGAUUGAACUUGGAGCAGAGGAGAACGUUGGUGAGGGUGAGGGGGAACGCAAUAACUGUAUAGUGGAUCUGUACUUAGUGUAUGGCAUUGCGCAUGCCUGGGGCCUAGAGUGUUCUAGGCUAGGGAUGAGGGAGUCGGUGGGGCGUCUACUAGGCUCCGGUGGGCUGGACUUCCACACUUUUCUUUAAUGGGUCUUAACACCGUUUUUCCUUCUCGUACAAAGCUUGCUGGAAGUGUCGCGCUUACUGUUUUUCAUCCUUAUAUAUUAUUGUUUUUAUGGAACCCCAGAUCUUGGCAUUUUGAUAAAUGGCAACUUAAGCCCUGUUCCGCACGCCACAAGUACUGUAUCGUACAGUGGGCAUUUCCACUUUUCGGCUUAUUUUCAUGAUAUUUUUAUAUUAUGUAGAUAGUUAAGUGUUCGGGAUACUA